AGAAUUUUUAUGACAAUUCAUAAAAGAUUUUCUAUCCACUGGCCAAGAGUCAAACGUAAGCACAGAAGUGUAAAUAAUAAUCUGAUUAGUCUGCCACACAAUAGGAAGUUCUUGGCAAACAACGUAACAAAUACAUUCCAAUAAACCAGCGAACUGCGUUAAAUUAAUACAACAUGGCUUCGGCUACGGUAAGAAAUGUGCCAUUACUGGAAGAUGACACCAUUCCCUUCGGUGAGGAAGAUGAAAUGCGCGAUCCAAGUGUAGCCGCUAAGCGAUAUGCGCAUCCCUACGUGACAUUUUUUCACCUGUUCUUCCGUGGCGCCGCAGUGGUUGUGUACAUGUUCUGUGGCUGGUUCAGUGACUCCUUCAUAACAAGUUUUGUGUUUGUUGUGCUAUUUUUAUCGGCAGACUUUUGGACUGUGAAAAAUAUUACCGGUCGUCUCUUAGUGGGACUACGUUGGUGGAAUUACGUAGACGACGAAGGCGUAUCACAUUGGGUGUUCGAAUCCAAACAGGGGCGUGUAAAUAACAAUGAAGCGCGCAUAUUCUGGCUGGGUCUAAUACUGUUCCCCGUGUGUUGGGGUCUAUUUUUCCUGGUGGCGCUUUUUGGUUUGAAGUUCAAAUGGCUUUUAUUGGUCAUGAUUGCACUUGCACUUAAUGGCGCUAAUUUAUUCGGUUAUGUUAAGUGUAAUUUCGGUGCAAAUAAGGAUCUCAACACGGCGGCAACCGAUUUCGUCAAAACACAGCUUUUCAAAAAUGCCGUGGAUAUUAUGACAAAGCCAAGCGCACAACCACCCACUACACGACCCACUAAUGUCGUUUAGUUUGCCACAGGCGGGAUGCUUAUUUAAACUAUGCUUAAUUAAUAAAUUGUGUAUACUUAAUAUUAGUUAGUUUACUUUUUGUUGUUUUAUACACGUAAUACAUAUUUAAAAGUUUUAUUUUCAACAUAAAUAACAGCGAAGUAAAUUGCAAUCAUGUGCUAA